CGGCCGUAACGUUAACAACAACAAAGGAUGGGGGAAUAAAUGAAGUUUCAGACUUGUUCUGUGCUUCUUGUCCAAUUAUGACCGGUUCGUUUGUGGGAAUGGCAUGUCCGUCUGCAGUAAUAUCAUGUUAACGACUGACGUUAAAAGGAAAAUAGACGCUUCAUCCAAAAGCUUCAAACCUUGAACACAUUUCACAGAAACAUGAUUCGCAUUGCAGCACUAAAUGCUGCCUCUGCAGCUGCAGACGAGUCUCAUGAUCCUCUUAGAAGUAGCAAGAGUCAAACAAAGGAAGCUCAGGAAGCUGAGGCAUUUGCUUUGUAUCACAAGGCUUUGGACCUGCAAAAGCAUGACAGGUUUGAGGAGUCUGCCAAAGCCUAUCAUGAGCUCCUCAAAACCCCUCUGCUCAAAGAGGCUAUGCCCUCAGACGAUCAGAGAGUGGGUCUCAAGCAUCCCGGACUGAUGCUGAAAUAUUCCACCUUUAAAAACUUGGCUAGUAUGUCUGCAUCUCGGGACGACCUGGAAACUGCUAUGGAGUUUUAUUUGGAGGCAGUAAUGUUGGAUUCCACUGACGUCAACAUGUGGUACAAAAUCGGUCAGGUGGCUGUGCGACUUGUGCGUAUUCCUCUGGCUCGACAUGCCUUUGAGGAAGGAUUGAACUGUAACCCAGACCACUGGCCCUGCCUGGACAAUCUCAUAACUAUCCUCUACACGCUCAGUGACUACACCUGCUGUCUGUACUUCAUCGCCAAAGCUCUAGAGAGGGAUCACUGUUACACUAAAGGUCUGGUGUUAAAGGAGAAAAUCUUUAAGGAGCAGCCCUGUCUGAAGAGGGACACCAUGCAGAUGUUUACAAAAUGUGAUAUGUCUAUUCACUAUGUGGAAGUGGAGAAGGAAGAGUGGGACUCUAUUGUGGAAGAGGCCAUGGAGAUACGAAGGCGCAGGCAGGCACUCUCUCAGUGUGAACCAAAACCUGACCUCAUUCUGGUUCAGCCAAUCCACUGCCUCUCAUGGAAGAAUGUGGGCGAAAGCCUUAUUGCGAUGUACAAACAUCAGACCACAUGUGAGCCCCCUCGCCCCAGCCUUGGCCGUAGAAUAGACCUGUCUGAGUAUCGUGACCAAAACUUCCUCCAGAACCUUCCCCAGCCCAGUAGCCCAGUCAGUGUGUGCCAGACAGUUGUGAUGAGCAGUAGCCCCAGUUCAUCUCUGCCACCGACGGCCGUCGCUGAGCCCCCACCGCCGCCCCCACCGCUGCCCCCACCUGUAGUUCAGCCUCAAGUUACCCCCGCCCAGACCACAGAGGAGGUCACCCCUUCUGCUACCCCUGCAGCUACAACAAUGGACAUGUCGCUGUCAGACAAAGUAAAAAAAGCUCCAAAGAGGAAACGUGCGUCAGAAGAUAAUGUGGAAACAGCCAAGCGCCGCUCUGCACGUGUUCGGAACACAAAAUGCAAGAAGGAGGAGAAGAUUGAUUUUCAGGAGCUACUUUACAAAUACCUACCAUCCAGGCUGAGGAAAUUCGAUCCAGAUAAUGAUGAUGAGAGUUUGAGUAAUCUGGAGCCACAGUGUGAUGGGAAGGAGGACUUACAGCCACUGCAUGGGAGCGGUUUGGCUGCCAACUCAGUUGUAUACAUGGAAUCUGAACAACAGGAUGUCCACAACUUCCUGCUCAAUAAUAUGACCAAUGGAGGCAUACUAGACCUGAUGAUGCGCUAUCUGAAGGCAGUGGGUCAGAAGUUCCUGGAAGAGUGGCCUCGGGGGCUGACUGCUGUGGUCCUGGAGGUUUAUCAGAACUGGAGGAAGCACAGCUGUGGUCUUCCUAAUCCUCUUCUUCGAGAAUGCAGCAACCAACACAUCCGGGAAAUGUUGGCGAUGAGCUUGGCAUGUAUGGAGCUGCAGUUGGAGCAGAGGUUGCACAACAAAGGGAAAACAGUGUCGCCAAGAAGAAGCAGCAUCGGUCCCAGCAACGAUGCAGCUGAGUCAGAAUUCCCUGGGCAGCACUUCCAGGGUGAUCUGUUUAUCUUAGCUCUAGGUUCGUCACAGAAAGACAUCUUUGAGGACGACUGGGUGGAUGUCAUGGUGCGAGUCUACUGGCUCAAAGCCCGGUUCUUGGCCCUGCAGGGAGACAUGGAGUCUGCCCAGGAGAGCUAUGAUUUCUGUGUAGGCCUGCUGCAGAGCAAGCCAAAGAACCCAGAAGGGAAACUUUACACUAUUAAUCUGCCAAAUCUACGCAUGGAUGCAGUAAUAUCUGUGGAAGAGAUCGACAAAAGGCUGAAGUCUCUGGAGCGUUGUCAGUCUUUGGAGGAGAUCCAGCGUCUCUUUGAAUCUGCAGACUAUGAGUCUGUGGUGCGUCUGCUCCAGCCCACUCUUCAUUACGGCAGCAGGAGUAAACCUCUGGAGUUUGUGAGCUCAGCACCAGAGCGGCCUGCUCAGCUAAUGCUGCUGCAGAACUCACUGUUGAAGCUUGAGGACUACCAGCAGUGUUUCGAGUGCAGCGAGCUGGCUCUUAAUGAAUCCCUGCAGCAACUCAACUCUGGUCCCAGCAACUCUCCUCCAAGUAAAGAGGAGUGGGUCAGGACCAUCGGAAAGUUGUUGGAUGGCAUCGAGGUCUGCUUCACCAAAGACUUGGCACUUCUAAGCAAUGUUCCGCACUUCUCCAGCAUGGCUCGACUGGCAAACAAUCUUAUUCAGUUGAUUGAUCUAAGCAUGAGCGUAUCUGAUGAUCCCAAGGAGCCUUACUUCUUCUCCAUCCUGCCUUGGAUCAUCCUGUAUCGCAUCAUCAAACACGAGGAGGCUGCUUUUGACUGUAUGCUUCGACAGCACAUGUCCGUCGGGGACGAUGAAGAUGACUCAGACACUCCCAUGCUGCCCUCCUCCUUGAUGCUUCUGAACACAGCCCAUGAGUAUCUUGGACGUCGCUCCUUGUGCUGCUACUCAAAUGGUUUACUCCUCAAGUUCUUUGUUAAAGUUUUGGAAAAGGAGUUUGUAGCCUCAGUCAGCGGUGAGCCUCAUCCCUACAAAGAGGAGUUGGAGAUGGCCUUAGAGCAGUGUUUCUUCUGCCUUUACGCCUAUCCUAGCAAGAAGAGCAAGGCUCGCUACCUGGAGGAUCACUCCUCUCCUCAGGUUGAGCUGCUGUGGAGUGACGCCCUCUUCAUGUUCAAGUACUUCAAACCAAAAUCCCUCCCCGAGUUUGACAGCUACAAGACGAGCACAGUGUCCGCUGAAUUAGCCAAUCUGCUGAGGAGGUUUGCUGGCAUAGCCCCACCGAGUGACACCCCCACCCUCAGUAUGGAUGAAGUGGCAGCCUACAUUGAGUGCAUGACAGAAAAGGCUCCGAGCCUUCCUGAAGGCAGCCCUCCAGCUCCUCCUAUAAUUGAUGAGAUCUACUAUCUGCUGGCUGAUUAUCAUUUCAAGAACAAGGAGCAGUCCAAAGCCAUUAAAUUCUACAUGCAUGACAUAUGCGUGUGUCCCAACAGGUUUGACUCCUGGGCAGGUAUGGCUUUAGCUCGAGCCAGCCGCAUCCAAGAGAAGCUGAACUCCAAUGAACUAAAAAGUGACGUUCCUAUAUGGAAACACUCCCAGGCUGUGCUGAACUGCUUUAAGAGGGCUCUGGACAUAGACAACUCCAACCUGUCUCUGUGGAUCGAGUAUGGGACCAUUUCAUACGCGCUGCAUUCAUUUGCUUCACGGCAGCUCAAGCAGUGGCGGAGCGAGCUGCCUCCAGAGGUGGUGAAACAGAUGGAAGAAAGGAAGGACUCCAUGCUGGAGACGGCACUCCAGUGUUUCCAGGGUGCGUCACGCUGUGAGUGUGACAGUGAUGAAGAAGAGUGGCUCAUUCACUACAUGUUGGGGAAGAUAGCAGAGAAACGAAAACAGUCCCCAAUGGAAUAUCUACAGCUGUAUAAAAAGGCUGCAAACUAUCUGCAUGAAGAAGCUGCCAGGUACCCCCGAAAAAUCCACUACCAUAAUCCACCUGACCUGGCCAUGGAGGCCCUGGAGUUGCAUUUCCGUCUCAGCACAUCCAUCCUAAAACUACUUCAGGGCGAUAAGCCUGAUCUGGAACAUGAGCUCUUGUUCAAUUUGCUGGUUGAGGCGGCAACCGGGCCGUUUGCCAGAGGGGAAGAGAAGAGUAUGCCGAGCAUGCCCCGGUCGCAUGAAAAAGAGAAACCCUCCUCCAUGAUGGAUGAAGACUUUAACUCGUCAGUGUGCAUAGGGAACACUCUCAGCUCCUCCCUGCCAUCAGCUGCCACCCCAGGUCUCUCAUCUCCUCCUUACGUGGCCACGCCGUUUGACCACGAUUACGCCAAACGCAAAACACUCCGACGGCAGCAGUGGCAGCAGCAGCGGCAUGAGGAGCAGCAGGCUGAUGCCUCAUCAGAGUUUGACCAUGAUUACUGCCUGCCCAGGUCUGCAAUGUGGCUGGCUUCCAUGAAUGAACGCAGUCAGGACAGCGAGGUGGUGAUGCUCUCAGACUCCAACUCCACCCAGGACGCCUUCACAGACCCUGCUAGCUCGCAAGACAGCAGCCACAAACCGGUGUCUGUGAAAGCUUGUUCGUCGUCAUCAGAAAGUACGACUCCUGUGAAAGACGGGCAGUCUGCAUCUGAGGAUACAGUAUCACAUGGAGAACAUUCUGGCAUCCAAGUGGAAGAAAAAAUCAUUCAGGAAGUUGUAGAAUCCGAAGUGGUGACACUGCCUGAAACUUCAGCUUCAAAGGUCUCUGCAGACCCCUGCCCUGUCCCUCUUCCUCUUCCUGUUCCAGCCACACCUCCGAAGCCAGCCCCCUCUCAACAGUCUGCUCCCCAAACCCCAGCCAGUGAAGGAAAAAGGAAGCCAGAGCCCCCUAUCGAGGUGAUCGAGGUGCCCAAAGCACUGCCAACAGAGCCUGCCGAACAGAGACGAAUGCUGCUGGACAUGUGCUGCCGCUCUCUCUUCCUCUGCCUCGGCCGCUUCCCUCAACACUACAAGAGUCUUUACCGCCUGGCCUUCUUCUACAGCAACAGCAAGACCCAUCAGAACCUACAGUGGGCCCGAGAUGUGUUGCUAGGAAGCAGUGUCCCAUGGCAACAGCUGAAGCACAUGCCAGCACAAGGACUUUUCUGUGAAAGAAACAAGACAAACCUGUUCAAUGGCAUCUGGCGUAUUCCAGUGGAUGAGAUUGAUCGCCCCGGGAGUUUUGCAUCUCAUAUGAACCGAUCCAUUGUCCUCUUGCUGGAGGUGCUGUCUCAGCUCAAGGAUCACGAUACUCUGCUGAAAGUCUCUUUCAUGCUGCAGAGAACCCCUGACCAGGGAAAGAAGUAUUUAAGGGAUGUUGAUCGCCAGGUUUUGGCCAAGAGAGCAUUUUUCCUAACUGUAAAAGUCCUGGAGGACAACCUUAACAGUCUCUCAGGGGUGUCUGAGCAGCUUCACAAGGCUCCCGCGCCCUCCAUGGGGGAGAUGACCACAACAGACACAUCAAACAGGCCCAGUUCAGAGGACAGCAAACAUGCUCUACCUAAGAAGCCUGGGCUCACAGAUGGAGCUGGUGCCACUGAUACAGGGCCUAAGGAAGCCUCCCAGGCACAACUCACCCCUCCACCACUGCCAUCCAUAGAUAAAGGGAGUAAAGUACAGGAGAGCUACCCUGGGAAGGUGGAGACUGCUGGGAUUGAAGGUCAGAAAGCAGCUUCAGAGGAGCCCAUGGAGCUGGACUCUAGUAACUGGAGGAGGCCCUCUAACACCACAGACUCUCAGGUCAACCAAACAGAAUCUGAGACCCCCCUGACUGUUGUGGAGACACAGCAGAAAGUGAGUGACAGCGGCCGGACACCAGAGCUGUCUCUAGAGGAGCUGAGUAUCAGUUCCAGGCAGCAGCAGCUCCAAACCUCAGCACCCAAGGUCGCUGUGGUCGCCAGCGGGACCGAUCAGGGCUCAGUACGAAGGCCAAACAGGAAAAGGAAGCUUCUUGAGGAUGUGGAGUCUGGAAAAACGCUGCUGCUUGAUGCCUACAGGGUUUGGCAGCAGGGACAGAAAGUCAUGACGUAUGACCUGGGACGCAUUGAGAAGAUCAUGUCUGAGACUUACAUGCUCAUUAAACAGGUGGAUGAGGACGUAGCUCUGGAUCAAGCUGUGAAGUUCUGCCAAAUACAGUUGGCCACCUCUGCCCAAAGACAGACUGCAGGCGACGCCCCCUCCACACCCAAAUACACCAAGGAGCACCGAGAUAUCUUCUUCCCUGCCUCCCUGCCCACGCCCGUCCUGCUCAGCCACACCACCUGCCACCCGCUCUCCACCCAGGACGUCCAGGCCAAAGCGCUGUACGAGCCCCUGAGCAAGCUGUCCAGAGCUCCUCCGGCCUCAGGCUUCCACGACCAGACCCAGCACAGGAGAGCGGCCGGCCACCCCGCUGCCAUGGCCUUCCUACCACACGCAGAGGAGCGAGAGGAGCCCGCCGAGGGCCUUUCAUACCGGCAGCAGGAAUCACACCUUUGUCAGCAGAUGAAACUGGCCACUGUAUCCCAGGGGCAGGAGUCCACAGCAGGCUGGUUUCAAGAGGAAACGGCCACAUGUAGCACCGCACAAACAUGCCCAGACCAGCAGCAGUUUGCCAGCAGUGAGCAGUCAAAGCUUCCAGACCCCAACAGAAUCCGCUCCCGGGUUCCUCCCAACAUGCCAAAGCUUUUCAUCCCGUCCACGGUUACCAAGUUCCCGCCAGAAAUCACAGUAACUCCCCCGACGCCCACGCUCCUCUCCCCCAAAGGCAGCAUCUCAGAGGAAACCAAACAAAGACUAAAGAACGUCAUCCUUUCAUCUCAGUCUGCAGCCACAGUAAAAAAGGACACUCUGACUCAGCCAGCUCUCGAGGUGCAGGAGACGUCGAGCCAGGAGUCGUCUCUAGAGAGCGAGUCUGACGAGGAGGAGGACGACGACUACAUGGACAUCUGAGCUCUGCGGGCUCGAACUGAACGAGGCCAUGUCGCCUCACUCUGCCAAACCCCCCGCCCCUGUCUUUAAAAAAGGAAUGGUACACGUCUGCAGCUGUCUUUGUUGAUGCUAUUGUUCUGUCACGUGCAUUACUAAAUAAGAUGCAGUAUUCUCGUCGCCUGUCAUGUCACCUUGAUGGUGAACAUGACGGACGACGAAGGCUUUAGUCCCACAGCAUGUCUGUAAGGUGCCAUUUAUGCAUAUCAUACAUCAGCUUAUGGAGCUCUCCUGAACCCAGCUGGAUUCGGCAGCAAAGACUCAGCCUUUAACGCCGACAGAUCCCGCAUUUAUGCGUCUAUUUUUUUAUGUUGUUUGCUAACCGUACCUCCGAGCCGCAGCUAAAUCCUCGCCAAUCUGAGGUGCCUCAGUCCGGACUGACGCUCAGCAGCAUGAACCUGCUGUUCUCCUCUUUGAACCUGUACUUUUUGGCAUGAGAAUUUCUUCUGUAAGACGUUUAACAUUGUUACACAUUAUAUUUCAAUGGACACAAAGGUGAUUUAUGGACAAUCGGCUGCACUCGAGGUUCAUCCGUGGAGCUGAUCGUCCACACGGCCUCACAACCUGUAGCAGAUUGGAAAUGUUUACACUUAUAUUUGGGAUGUUUUCAUUUAGCACUAAACUUUGUGCUUUUUUUGUACUCACUGUACUUCUUGUAAUAAUUUGUCCUCUUUAUAUUUUUCUUUUCUUCUGUGUGCAUUUGUAGCGAAGAGGAACAGACGUCCUGUCACCAGCACUGAUCUGAAUGAUAACACAGAGAAAAUUCAGUUCUGAAUGAGCUUUUGUACGCUUCAUAAUCCAAGUCUCUUUCCAACAUGUUUGGCUUUAAUAGGUGGAGUAACAAACUGGAGAGGUGUGUGCAUGUGUGAGAGAGUCAGCAUUAUGGUGAGGGUCGCUUCAGUUUCAGUCAACUGCAGGAAACGACUCCCCCUGUAAGUAAAUCUGUUCUGAGUCGAAAUGCACGAGGAAGACUUUUAAACUGAUGCCUUUCCUUAAGAAAACAUUUUGGUAAAUUUGUCGCCAAACUCAGAGGAAGACAACCGAAUGUUUUUUACAGAUUGUUUUCUAUACAAAGAAAGAUAUUUACUGAUUGUUGAAAGCUGUGUAAAGAUAAUUUUUCAAAUGAACAAAAAAAUGAAAAAUUGUAAAUUAUCACCCUUGUUAAAAAAGAAAGCGUUUUGUAUUUUGUUUCAUGGUUUUUGUUUAUGAUUUUGUUGUAAAAUAGUUUUCUAUGGUUCUGCUGAGCUUUGGGAAUGUAUCAUGUUUAAAGUUGAGGGGAACUGUUCUCUUUGUCUGGACUGAAUGCAUUAUAGAUGUCAAACCAAAAAUAUA